AUGGCUUCGGAAAAACCUCCUUCCAUCGUCCUCCCUCCACUUACUUCCUCCGGUCGACAAGUUAGUCCUUCACCUCAAGGCUUGAGGCAGCGGCCACUAGGAAGAGCAUCUACCUUCGCCGAAGGCAACCCUCCACUCAAUCGUCGUCGAAGUUCGUUCCUCUCUGAAACUUUCUCUGAGACGCGCAAGUCAUUACGCUCAUCGACGGACGAUAUACUCCUGCCACGCGCGCGUGACGAUGAUGAUUUCCACGACCAUGACGACAACUCUCAUUGGCAGUCUCUGCCUCUUGGCCUUGCCCUGCUACCCGCAGUUGGAGGCAUGUUUUUCAAGAACGGUAGCGCUGUCAUCACGGACGUGACACUACUAGGUUUAGCUGCUAUCUUCAUGAACUGGGCUCUCAGGUCGCCUUGGGACUGGUAUCGUGCUGCCCAGACCACUAUAUUGGCAGAUUCAACCACUCCUCCCGUGUUUACGCCGAUCGAUGAAGCGGACGAGGAUCAGGACCCCCUGUCUGUGGGUGGACGUGGUGAAGACGAUGCCAGCAAAGCGAAGGCGAGUGCUAAUGCUGCUCGUUCGAAGCUUGUCAACACAGACGGUGCAGCUGCGCAGAGAGAGCUUCGUGUCCAUGAGCUUCUGGCAUUGCUUUCUUGUUUUGGAUUCCCUCUUGUCGCCGCAUGGCUUCUGCAUAGCAUCAGAUCCCAACUCUCUCGGCCAUCCGAGGGCUUGGUCUCGAAUUACAAUCUUACUAUAUUCAUAUUAGUUUCCGAAAUCCGACCCAUCUCUCACCUAAUAAAGAUGGUCCAGCGGAGAACACUUUUUCUUCAACGACGAGUGAACCUCGAUGUUCUCAAAGAAUCAAGCCGGAUGGACAAUCAGCACCUUCGCGAUAUCUCACGCAGGUUGGACGACCUUGAGGCACACGUUGCCGAUCGCAUUGCCGACACCGGAGGACAAAACGAGGAGCAAGUUAACCACACACUCGUAGUUCAAGCCUCUGCGUCAGCCACAUCUGAAGUCAAGAAAACAGUACAGCCGGAGCUAGAUGCCCUGAAUAGGGCCAUGCGCCGCUACGAGAAAAGAUCAACUAUCUCGUCUGUGCAGAUCGAAGCAAGGCUACAAGACCUCGAGACACGUUUGCAUGACGUUGUGUCCCUGGCUGCGGCUGCGCAGCGGAAUGCCGAUCGGAUCCCGAACAACUACGUUCUCAUCCUUGCGAAUUGGAUCUGUGGCGCAUUUGUUAUCCCUGUGCAGUACCUGCUCUAUCUAUCAAGUCUGCCGUCAAAAGCGCUAUCAUCAAUCGUCGCAGUUCCAAAAAGGUACAUGACAAGAAGGUCAAGACCCCCGACGACAAAGGACGGCCGGGCUUCUCGGAAGUCCGCAGCACCUCGUUCUCUUGAACGUGAACGAAGAACCAAGGUGCCACCUUGA